GUUAACUCGACGCUGGCGUCGAGCCUAAAAAACGUGCUCUAAAAGUCAAGGAAUUUGAACAUAAAUAAAUAUGACUCUAUCUAAAAUAAAUUAUUCUCAUGAAAACUAAUUUAAGAAAUAUUAAAUCAAAGUUAUAAUUAUAUUAUAACUUAAUAAAAAAUGAUAUUUGUUUUAUUAAAUAAUUAAGGCCUAAAUAAAAGUGAAAUAAUGAAGUUUUAUUGUAAAAAUAGUGGACAAUACCCUCUAGUUUUUUAUUUAUUACAAAUCAUUAUAGUGUCUGUGACUACAGUAUGGUCUGUGAAAAUCAACAGGUUGCUGGUGCCGGAAGUGGCACGUCCAGGUUUUCCCAUUAUCCUGGAUUGUGACUACACUUUGGAAGGCAAAGACGAUGGUCUUGUAGUUAAAUGGUUUUUUAACGACCUACCAUUACCAGUAUACCAGUGGAUACCAACUAUACACAAAAAACCCCAAGUUUUAGGGAUACUAAAGGGCCGUUUGAACCUGAAUUAUUCAGCCAGCAAGGACAUGCACACCGAGCACCGAGCUUUGCACAUCAUCCAGCCCGGACCAGACUUGUCCGGAAACUACACCUGUCUAGUGUCCACUUUCAAUAACGAAGAUCAAAAGACUAAGGGGAUGCUCGUACUCGUUCCUGCAAAAAGCUUCGAGUUAAGCCAAGAAAACACGGGCGAUGGUAUGUUGCAAGUGAUUUGUUAUGCCGAGGGCGUUUUCCCCAAACCGAACAUGACGCUACUGAUGGGAAAUAGCGAAGUAAACGAUUCGAUGGUGUCUGUGGAGCAGAGAGCGGGGCUGUUUAAUAUUCGCAUGGUGGCUGAGGUGCCGUCCUUGAGGGCCCCCGAAGAGUUCGCAUGCGAAUUACGCGUCCCACAGGCGAACUACACCGUCAGCAAAAAAGUCAUAUACUAUCCAGUUAGUAGCGCAGUAAGUGAUUCCCACAACGUGAUUUUAAACUUUAUAAUGGCACUAUUUAUAAACUACGUCUUUUUUAUAGGUUAAACACUUUAAAGCGUAAUCUUCAAAUGGCCAAAAUUUAUGUAAAAUAUUUUCUAUAAAUGUGUAAAUUUAAAAGAAUGUUGCUAUAAUUAUUCCCCUAAAUAAAAUUCUG